AAGUCUGGAGUUCGCAAGGUCUCGCGGAAGCUCCCCCUCUCGCGUCCGAGAAGCCCCGCCUUCUCCUAUCUGGUCAACGCGGGUUGGCUGAACCUGAAGAAUCUCCUGGGUGACGGGGUAACGCAAGAGAAGGUAUGCUUCUGCGCAGUGGCUCGCUUGGGAGGCGGCAGGAGCCUAGCGAUGAAGAAAGUUUUUACUCUCUUAGAAAGAUCUUGGCUUGGUACUCCACUACAAUUCACCUGGCAAAAGACAUUAGGAAACUACCUAGCUGUAACAGGAGCUGAUCAUACUAUAAAAAUCUUUGAUCGUCAUGGUCAAAAAAGAAGUGAAAUUAAUUUGCCUGGUAACUGUGUUGCUAUGGAUUGGGAUAAAGAGGGAGAUACCCUAGCAGUGGUUUCUGAGAAAUCUAGUUCCAUCUAUUUAUGGGAUGCCAAUACAAAUAAAAUCAGCCAGUUGGACAGUGGCAUGAGGGAUCAAAUGUCUUUUCUUCUCUGGUCAAAAUAUGGAGCAUUCUUAGCUGCUGGAACCGUUAAGGGAAAUUUGCUUAUAUAUAAUCGUCAGACUUCUAGAAAGAUCCCUGUCCUUGGUAAACACACUAAACGGAUCACAUGUGGCUGUUGGAGUUCAGAAAAUCUACUGGCAUUGGGAAGUGAAGAUAAGAUGAUAACAGUUAGUAAUCAGGAAGGUGAUACCAUAAGGCAGACUCCAGUCCGAUCAGAGCCUAGUGAUAUGCAGUUUUCAACAAUGAAGACUGACGACAGAAACUCUGCUUCUGAAAGCACAAUAAGUGUGGUGGUUGGCAAGAAAACUUUAUUUCUUUUCAAUCUAAAUGAUCCAGAUAGCCCAAUUGAUCUAGAAUUUCAGCACCGCUAUGGCAGCAUUGUUUGUUACAGUUGGUACGGAGAUGGUUAUAUAAUGAUUGGUUUCUCACGGGGAAUUUUUGUUGUCAUUUCGACUCAUAUUCGAGAAAUUGGUCAAGAGAUCUUUCAGGCUCGAAACCACAAAGAUAACUUAAGUAGUAUUGCAAUAUCACAGUCCCUUAACAAAGCUGCUACAUGUGGGGACAACUGCAUUAAAAUCCAUGACCUCUCAGAACUAAAAGAAAUGUAUGCUAUAAUAAACCUGGAUGAUGAAAAUAAAGGGUUGGGUAGUCUAUCUUGGACAGAUGAUGGCCAGUUGUUGGCAGUAUCUACUCAAAGAGGCUCACUCCAUGUUUUCCUGACCAAACUUCCUGUUCUUGGGGACAACUGCAGCACACGGAUUGCGUAUCUCACCUCGCUCCUUGAAGUAACAGUAGCCAACCCUGUUGAAGGAGAGCUACCCAUCACAGUUUCUGUUGAAGUGGAGCCCAACUUCUUAGCUAUAGGUCUUUAUCAUCUGGCUGUGGGAAUGAACAAUCGAGCUUGGUUCUAUGCACUUAGAGAGGAUAUUGUGAAAAAAUUAAAAGAUGUUGAGUAUCUGGGAACAGUAGCUAGUAUGUGCCUUCAUUCUGACUAUGCUGCUGUACUUUUUGAGGGCAAAAUACAGUUACACAUGAUAGAAAGUGAAAUUUUGGAUGCUGAAGAACGUGAGACUCGACUUUUUCCAGAGGUAGAUGACAAAUGCCGAAUUUUAUGCCAUGCUUUAACUGGAGAUUUCCUGAUUUAUGGUACAGAUACUGGCGUUAUUAGGUAUUUCUUUAUUGAAGACUGGCAAUAUGUGAAUGAAUAUCGACAUCCUGUCAGUGUGAAAAAAAUUUUUCCUGAUCCUAAUGGGACAAAAUUGGUUUUCAUUGAUGAAAAAAGUGAAGGAUUUGUCUACUGUCCUGUUAAUGAUAUCACCUAUGAAAUUCCAAAUUUCUCGCCAACUAUUAAAGGUGUUCUUUGGGAAAACUGGCCAUUGGAUAAAGGUGUAUUUAUUGCCUAUGAUGAUGACAAGGUGUAUACAUUUGUCUUUCAUAAGGAUACUAUACAAGGUUCCAGGGUAAUUUUGGCAGGUGGUACCAAAGUUCCAUUUUCUCAGAAACCAUUGCUGUUAUAUAAUGGAGAAUUAACGUGCCAGACACAGAGCGGAAAAACCAACAAUAUCUACCUUAACACCCAUAACUUCCUUGGCAGUUUAAAAGAUCCUGAGCCCAAUGAGCUGAAACAAAUGCUGACACAGGCUUUAAUGCUAAAAAGGUUUUCUGAUGCAUGGGAAUUGUGCAAAAUCCUCAAUGAUCAAGAUACUUGGAAUGAACUUGCCAGAGCCUGCCUACAUCACAUGGAAGUGGAGUUUGCAAUCCGAGUUUAUCGUACAAUUGGAAAUGUUGGAAUGGUGAUGUCUCUAGAACAAGUAAAGGGAAUAGAAGACCAUAACCUUUUAGCAGGACAUCUUGCCAUGUUUACAAGUGAUUUCAGUCUGGCUCAGGAUCUUUAUUUGUCAUCUAUCUAUCCCUCUGCUGCCCUGGAGAUGAGACGAGAUUUGCAGCAUUGGGACAGUGCACUACAGCUUGCUAAACGUCUGGCCCCAGAACAAAUCCCAUUCAUAUCAAAGGAGUAUGCUAUUCAGCUUGAGUUCAUGGGUGAUUAUGUAAAUGCUUUGGCUCAUUAUGAGAAAGGAAUAACAGGUGAUAAUAAGCACCUAGAACAUGAUGAAGCCUGUCUAGCUGGAGUGGCUCAGAUGUCUAUUAGAAUGGGAGAUAUUCGACGAGGGGUUAACCAAGCCAUCAAGCAUCCAAGUCGACUCCUAAAAAGGGAUUGUGGUGCUAUUCUGGAAAAUAUGAAGCAGUUCUCAGAAGCAGCCCAGCUGUAUGAAAAGGGGCAGUACUAUGACAAAGCAGCAUCUGUUUACAUUCGCUGUAAAAACUGGGCAAAGGUUGGUGAGCUUCUACCUAAUGUUUCUUCUCCUAAGAUCCAUCUACAGUAUGCCAAAGCUAAAGAAGCAGAUGGAAGAUAUAAAGAAGCUGUUCUUGCUUAUGAGAAUGCAAAACAAUGGAACAGUGUAAUCCGUAUCUACUUGGAUCACCUUAAUAAUCCUGAAAAAGCUGUUCGAAUUGUCAGAGAAACACGGUCUCUUGAUGGAGCCAAAAUGGUAGCCAGAUUCUUUCUUCAAUUGGGUGACUAUGGCUCUGCUAUCCAGUUUCUUGUUAUGUCCAAAUGUAAUCAUGAAGCUUUUACCCUAGCCCAGCAGCACAAUCAGAUGGAGAUCUAUGCAGAUAUCAUUGGUUCUACAGACACUACUAAUGAAGACUAUCAGAGCAUUGCAGUAUACUUUGAAGGAGAAAAGAAGCAUCUUCAAGCUGGAAAAUUCUUCUUCUUAUGUGGCCAAUAUGCACGGGCACUUAAACAUUUUUUGAAAUGUCCAAGCUCAGAAGAUAAUAUGGCAGUAGAAAUGGCGAUUGAAACAGUUGGGCAUGCUAAGGAUGAAGUUUUAACUAAUCAGUUAAUAGACUAUCUGCUGGGUGAGAGUGAUGGUAUGCCUAAGGAUGCCAAAUAUCUGUUCCGCUUGUACAUGGCUCUAAAACAAUACAGAGAAGCCGCUAGGACUGCUAUUAUAAUUGCCAGAGAAGAACAAUCUGCGGGAAACUAUCGAAAUGCACAUGAUGUUCUCUUCAGUAUGUAUGCAGAAUUAAAAACCCAGAAAAUCAAAAUUCCUUCUGAGAUGGCUACCAAUCUUAUGAUUCUGCACAGCUAUAUAUUAGUGAAGAUUCAUGUUAAAAGUGGAGAUCAUAUGAAGGGAGCACGAAUGCUUAUUCGUGUGGCCAACAACAUUAGCAAAUUCCCAUCACACAUUGUACCUAUCUUGACUUCUACAGUGAUAGAGUGUCACAGAGCAGGGCUGAAAAACUCUGCUUUCAGUUUUGCGGCUAUGUUGAUGAGACCCGAGUAUCGCAAUAAAAUAGAUAUCAAAUAUAAAAAGAAAAUUGAGGCAAUGGUGAGGAGACCUGACACAUCAGAAAUAGAAGAGAUUUCAACACCAUGUCCAUUUUGUGAAUUUCUGCUCCCCGAGUCUGAACUACUCUGCCCUGGAUGCAAAAAUAAUAUCCCAUACUGCAUUGCCACUGGUCGGCAUAUGUUAAAAGAUGACUGGACUGUAUGUCCACAUUGUGACUUCCCUGCUUUAUACUCCGAAUUUAAAAGCAUGCUAACUACAGAAAACACAUGUCCUAUGUGUUCAGAAAGGUUAACCAGUGAUCAGCUUCAAAAAAUAACAGAUUUUACAACAUACCCCAGAGGAGAAGAGGAGCAAUGAAUACAUCCAGGUGCUAAAGUGGCCCAAUUAGUCAUCAAGUACACACAACCCCAAGAUAACAGAAAAACACUUAGAAUGGGAAAAGUCUGAAGAGUAUUCCAAGUGGAAGAUGUGUGAUGACUAUAUAGUAAUAACAGAAUUUUUUCAACAUCUUUCACAGUGAGGACUGUCCUUCAAAAUGGUCAUCUUGAGUGACUAUCCUCUUCAGUAGUGAUGCCAUUAUUCAAAACAUUUUUGGAAUUCUUUAUUUCAAACUGCCAUUAGUCAGUUUAUGAACCAUCCAAGAAAAUCAGUCUCUCCAUUUUUUCAGUUUAAUUCAACAAAUUUUAUUAAGGCCCUGCUAUAUAUGCAAAGCACUGUGCUUAAGCACUGACUUUAUGAAAAAUAGUAAACCUGACAUUUGUGUAGCAUUUUAAUAUUUAUAACAUAGUCAUUUGAUCCUAUAAGGUAAGCGCUACAUAUUACCCAUUCUACAAAUGAGGGUACCGAGGCCCAAAGGUUAACUGAUUACCCUAUGGCCAUGGAACUCCUAAGUGUCAGAGGUGGUAUUUGAACCCAUGUCUCUCUUGACUCCAAGUUCAGCACUGUAUCAUGCUGUCUCAUGAUCAUGAAUUCAAUUCAGUAAGCACAAGUAAGCACCUACUAAGUGCAAGCUAUCUGCUAAGCCAGGGGGGAUAGGAAGACAAAACCUGCUUCCAACCCUCAAGAAGCAUACAUUAUCUUGAGGGCUAUAACAUGAACACAAAUGCAAGACAGCAGUAACUGAGACAGGCAAGGAACACUUCAUGACGACCUAAGUGCCCCAGCUAAGCCUUGAAGAAAAACAAGUAUUCUGGAAGACUUCGAUAAUGCAAAUGCCCAGCAUGGUACCCUUCACAUGGUGGGGUCUUAAGUGCUUACUGAAUUAACUUUUAUGAUUCGUAGAUUGGCUCUGAAGGCAGUUUCAAGAAUGGUAAAAAUAUUCUGAAUAAAAGCAACCUUAAACUCUUUACAACCCUAAAUUAUUUAGUGAUUAUCAUCUCUAGAAUGUAAGCUCACGAGGGCAGUGACUCUCAUUUUAUUGUGUCUAUCCCCAGUGCUUUGCACAUAGCAGGUACUUAAAAGACACAAUUUCAUUGAAUUAAAUUAGGAUUGUACAGUAGUAUGUACUCCUUAAGACUGGUGGUUGCUCAAAUCCGGCCUCAGACCAAACACUUGACAUGUACUAGGCUGUAUGACCAUGGGCAAGUCACUUAACCCCCAUUGCCUCACUAAAAAAAAGCCCCCCCCCAAAAAAAAAAAGACUGGUGGUUGCCUAAAACCCCUGAAAAUGAUACUACUGUUAAAGGUUCAGAAACUGCUAAAGAAUACAGUAUAGCUAAUGUUCAUGUAGAGAACCCAAUUCCACUAUCAGCAAGUAAUACAGAAAUUAAACCAAAGGUUCUCAUAUGGGAACCAUCGACUUUUUUCUUUUUUAUGUCUUAUGAACUGUAUUUCCAUGUAAUUGGUUUCUUUUUUAAGUACUUAUAUUUUAUGAAUUUAAAAACAUUCUGAGAAGGGAUUCAUGGGCUUCCCAGUCAGACAAAGGGGUCUGACAGAAAACAAGGUUAAGAUUCCCUGAACUAAACAUUCCACAUGUAUUAGGUGGCACUGAAUCAAGUUAGAAAUAUGCCUGUUUUGUCUCAUAGGAAUAAUCUCAACUACACAAAUAUACAUAUCAGCUUUUUCCUAAUUAGGUGUCCUUCCUUGGUCCAGCAUUUCUUAAGUUCCCAUGACUAGAAGGUCUGCAAAGAGAGACUAGACAACCAUUUUUUGUCAGCAAGUGAGGGAGGGAGAUUGAUGCUCAUCUGUCCUCCCCCAACCCCUCCAAACUUUUUCUUGUAUUAAUUUGUUUAGUAAUACUUUCUUCAUAAGUAAUUUAGAGGAAUUGGAUCCUGCCUAAAUUGAAUUAUCUCAAGUUAUAAAUUUGUGAUAUUCAAACUUUUGUUUUUAUUAUUCUUUAAAGAAAAGAAGAUCACACUUUCUUGAAGUCUCCUUAUUCAAGAAGCAGUUGCCCCAAGAAAUGUUUGGCUUUCUUAAUAGAAAUAGUUUUAUGGUGUGCUUCAGUAAUUCACUGAAGAAUGCAACUCAACAUCCCUUAAAAGCAGCUGUUUUCAACCCUGUCCUACUCACUACUAACAAUACUUUCCUCUUUUUUUUUUUUUUUACCUUUUUUACCUUUACCUUUUUUGUACCUUUAUGACUUCCUACCUAUAUUACCUGGGCCUUUCCUGACACAAGAUUCAGCUAGCAGAAUGUCUAUUGGAUUGUGCUUCAUUCACUUUGUUGCACAGUGACCAGAACCUUACCAUAGUCAUUUUCCAACUGAGACGAAAGAAAUGGAAGCAAGUAUAAAUAAUAUUAUGGCUGUUAAGUGUUUAGCUUUAUUUCCUAGCAAAUAUUUGCAUUUGCUUUAUUCUCUCCUUCCACCACAAUCACAUGGUGGAAAAUUUAAAGAUUUAACAGAUAUUAGAAGCUAGAUCGUAUUCCCAGGGUAAUUGAAAUGUCUCUCAAGAGGCUUUGUGAACAGUCUUUCCUGGAAACAGUAAGAAAGCUGACAUCUCAAGGUCCCUUCUUGCAUUCUUCAUAUUUUUUUUAUUAUCCUUCACUCUUCCUUCUAUCCUUACUCUUCACUCCGUGAGUUUUUUUCACUCAAUUCUGUCUCCUAUAUUGUGAUUUAUAAACAUUUACAUUUUGAUAUUUUUAUGUCUUGAAAUAUAGACUUUAAAAUUAAAUUCAUGAGUGGAUAUUUGAAAUUUAUCUCUUUUUAUUCUGUGACCUCUAAAGGGAAGCACAUCAUCAGGUUUGUGAAGUAUAAAUUAUUACAGUGAUUAAAGAGUAGUUAGCAAUAAGA